AUUAUUUCUUUUUAUUUUUAAAAAACCUAUUUACCAAAUACCCUCAAGCAAAGAGCAAGCAUGUCGGUCGUUAAUGGCGUCCACGUCACGGUACCCGCUACAUGGAGCAGGUAGGCGACAAUGAAAAUGAAACGGAAAUGAAAUCCCAGUAGCUGACAUAUACCGAUUUUGGGUGCUCACAGGUCACAGCGAAACAAACAAACAAACGAUCUAAUCGAUUCGAAUAAUCUGUUUCUGUAUCUAACAAACUUCAACGGUUUUUUGAGCUGAAACCUAAGUUUGAACUGAAAACAACAGAAGUAUCAAAUUUGAUAUUGUACCAAAUCAAACAAACUCCUUGAUCAUAGAAAAGGUUCUGUUGCAAUUGAUUGGAAGUUGAAAAACUGGUUAGUUUUGGAGUGUUAGAUUAUUAUAUUUGAAUGAAAUAUGUCGUUGUUUCGUAAAUUGUUCUAUAGGAAGCCACCAGAUGGUCUGCUCGAGAUCUGCGAGCGUGUUUACGUCUUCGAUUACUGUUUUACCGUCGAUGCUUGGCAAGAAGAGAAUUAUACGAGCUAUAUGAGUGGAAUAGUUGGUCAACUUAAAGAGCACUUCCCUGAUGCUUCGUUCUUGGUGUUCAAUUUCCGUGAGGGAGAGAAACAAAGUCAGCUGUCUGACAUUAUGUCUGAAUAUAAUAUGACUAUCAUGGAGUACCCUCGGCAAUAUGAAGGUUGCCCAUUGCUCAGAAUGGAGGUGAUCCAUCAUUUUCUAAGAUCGGGUGAAAGUUGGCUUUCACUUGGCGUACAAAAUUUGCUUCUAAUGCACUGUGAACGGGGUGGUUGGCCUGUUUUGGCUUUCAUGCUGGCUGCACUAUUGCUUUACAGAAAGCAAUUCAGUGGAGAGCAUAAGACUCUCGACAUGAUUUACAGACAGGCUCCUCGUGAGCUUUUGCAGUUGCUUCAACCGCUGAAUCCCAUCCCUUCUCAACUCAGGUAUCUACAAUAUGUUUCAAGGAGGAAUGUGGCUUCAGAGUGGCCUCCAUUGGAGAGAGCUCUUACAUUGGAGUGCAUUAUUCUAAGAUUUAUUCCUGAUUUCGAUGGAGAAGGGGGCUGCCGUCCUGUAUUUCGAAUAUAUGGACACGGUCUUUCAUAUCAAACUACCAAUGAUGUGUGCUCUACUCCUAGGAACUCAACUCCUAGGAAAGGGGAAACUGUCCGGAAUUAUAAGCAGACAGAAUGCGAACUAGUUAAAAUUGACAUAAAUUGCCAUGUACAAGGUGAUGUUGUGCUUGAGUGUAUCAGUGUAAAUGAUGAUAUGGAACAUGAACAGAUGAUGUUUCGAGCUGUGUUUAACACAGCUUUUAUUAGGUCAAACAUUUUGAUACUUAACCGUGACGAAAUUGACAUAUUGUGGGAUACUAAGGAUCAAUUUCCAAAGGACUUCAGAGCAGAGGUUCUUUUCUCAGAGACGAAUGCUGCUGAUGCUGUUGUUUCAGUAGAUUUCUCUGGUUUUGAGGAAAAGGAAGGUCUACCAGUGGAAGCAUUUGCUAAAGUUCAAGAGAUUUUUAGCUCAGUCGACUGGUCAGAUUCCAAAACAGGUGUUGCACUUAAUGUGCUUCAACAAAUCAGUGCAUCAAAUGUUGUCCAGGAAAAUUUUGACACUGAUUUGCUACUUAGUGUACAACUUAGCCCUCGAAACCCUCAAAGCCCUAGAAGCCCUCGAAGACUGGAUAUGAGUCCUAGAAUGCGUCAGGACAGAAAGAAGCGCAUGAUCUUGGAUAGUGGCAUGAAGAACUCCAUGUUUCCAGCACAAAAGAUUGAGUCCAAACACUUGCCAAAAUCAUCUCCAGGUGCUGAUGUGGUUGAUGAGGCUGAAUACAAAGACUUUCUAGUUUCCAGACUAUCUGAUCUUAUGCGUCAAAAGUUACCUCAAUCGCCCUUAGGUUCUGGCAUUAAUCCUUUCUCACGUGAUGAUACCUUGUGUGAAGCUGCUGAGUUCACUCAUGAGAUAAUAUCUAGAGCUGCCUCAAAUCAAACCUUGUCAGUUCCACCUGAAACUGAACCUGUCAUGAGCACUAGUGCCUCAAAAAUUCUUCCAACUUCACCAUCCCAUCCUCAUCAUCUUUCUGGUUUAGAGCCAACGGAUCCUUCUUC